AAUACUGUUCAUUUUAAUUACAAUAUUAGUGACAACUUCAUCAAUUAAAUAUAUCUGUGUGUCUAACAAACCGUCUAAAAUUUUGCUGUGGGAUAUUGAGAACCUUAAAGGAUCAUCAGACGAGCCACACUAUAUCAAUCCGAGAGAAAAAAUAGAAAACGUAACCUUAAAUAAUAAUAAAACUAUCACUUCAUUUGAAAUAAAUCAGUUCACUACCAUUAAAGAUGAAAGAUGGAUGGAAUUACAAGCAGGUUCUAAGUUUGCUUGCAUCGAGUCUUGUACUGUGUCUAUAAAAGGAGCUGCAGAAGUAUCCAUAUCAAAACAAACUAACACUAUUGGAAAGAUAAUUUUAAACGAAGCAGAUUAUUUCUCAGACAAUUAUUCUAAAAAUCUAUUAAUCUUGUAUACAACAGCAACUAAAUGGAUACACCUCACUCUCAAUUUUUCUGGAACUACUAUUUCAGUUCAUACUCAAAAUUCCCAAUAUAUAUUUCCCAUUACCAAUGAUACUGGUAUACAUCAUAUUCAAAUUAAUUGCAGUAUGUGGAAACUGCAUAACAAGACUUAUACAGAAGUAAACGUCACCGGUUCUCAUACCUUCAAUUUUACUAAGCCUUCAAGCUCUUUAGGAAAUUAUAAGUGUAUCUCGUUAUACACUCGUACGUGUAUUAACUGCAAUGUAACUUUCAUUUUAUCCAAUGACAUGAAAGAGGAAAUUAAAAAAAAAGUAUCAUCAAACAAUUGGAAAUACAUAAAAAUAUGCAGCAGUUCGGCCCUAAAAUCAGAUUUUCAAAUUAAAGUUGAAUUGGAGGGGCCUCAAAUGGAGAAAGGCAGAUUUUGGAAUUUUGAUUAUCUACACCUUUGUAACAAAAAUGAUCAACGAUUUAUUGUACACGAACCGUCCAAUCUCCAAGAAAAAGUAUCGUGUAUGGAGGGCAACAGAAAAAUGGAGAUUAACCCCAACGAAACCGACACUUAUAAACAACAAUGUGGUACAGAAAUAUUAAGGAAUUGUGCAAACGUUCAAAUAUGUCAGAUUUGUUGUGAAGGAAGAUGCUAUAUUGUAAACAAAGAAAAAGCAAUUGUAUAUGAAUUAAUUGCAAGUAUAGUACUUGGAUUACUCUUCAUUGCCUCUUUAAUCAUCAAUAUAAUAGGAUUUUGGUAUUUCACCAGGAGAAGUAAAUUAAAUAAACACUCAAAAAGUGAAGUGAACCAUUUCACGCAGUCAAAUAAUGAACAUGAAUACGAGUACAUAUUGGAAUCAACUGCGUUUCAUCGAGCAAGGAACAAGGAAAUGGAACAAGGCACAUCAACAGAUAUAGUAGAAGAAAAUUCAUUAUACAGAAUGACUUUGAAUGAUAAAUUAUAUAAUUCAUAA